UUAUAAUGGCCGGUAUUUAAAUUGCGGCCGUGUUGUAAAACUUGUCCAGACGAUCAUGUCUUUUAUUAUGGAUAUCUCAUCUCUCCAUCUGGAGUUGGCAAUCCAACCGAUGGAGACCAGGGGUUUAGCUUAAAUCCAUACAUAGAAUUCAUGGGUGCUCCCUCAUGCCUUCUCUCUCCUCCACUCUCGUCUCCUCAACAACUUCCUCUCUCCAUAUCGAAGCUUCGCCACACCAAUUCCAUCAAAGAUCACCCCACUCUAUUUCUCCUUCAAAGUUGCACGUCUAUGAAGCAGCUCAAACAAAUCCAUGCCCAAUUCUUCAAAACCGGCCUCCACAACGACCAAUUUGCUCUGAGCAAAAUCAUUGAAUUUUGCUCAAUUUCGCCCUUUGGAGACCUCGACUUUGCGCAUCUCCUUUUCGGAACCAUCUCUGAACCCAACCAGUUCAUAUGGAACACUCUCAUCAGAGGCCACUCUCUCUCCUCCACCCCCAUGGAUUCUCUAUCUCUCUACAUUGCCAUGCUUCUCUCUCUUACCCCACCAAACAAUUACACAUUCCCCUUCCUCUUAAAAUCGUGUGCCUGCGAACUGGCAGUCGAAGAAGGCCGACAAAUUCACGGGCAAAUCAUCAAAUUUGAUCUUGAGCUCGACCCAUUUAUUCAUACCUCCCUGAUAAACUUGUAUGCAAAAUUUGGUGAUUUGGGUUGUGCUUGCUCAGUGUUUUAUAGCAGUCCAAGAUCCGAUCCUGUCUCAUGGACAGCUUUAAUUGACGGUUUUUCGAGCAAUGGCCAUCUCAAUGAAGCACGAAAAUUAUUCGAUCAAUGUCCCGUAAAAGAUGUGGUAUCUUGGAACGCAAUCAUUUCCGGUUACACGCAAAGUGGGGCUCAUGAUGAGGCCUUGAAUCUGUUUGAGAAGAUGGUGGGUGAUGGUUUUAGGCCGAAUGUGAGCACAAUGGCGAGCGUGCUCUCUGCUUGUGCAAGCUCAGGCUCGAUUGAAAUAGGGAGGUGGGUUCAUUCUUGGAUCCAAGAAAACCGAUUGGGUUCAAAUCCAAAUUUGGUGAACUCGUUGAUUGAUAUGUACUCAAAAUGUGGGUCCAUCAAAAUUGCUCAUCAUUUAUUCGAUGAGAUGCCUGAGAGAGACAGAGUUUCAUGGAAUGUCAUGAUCGGUGGGUGCGCACAUGCGGGGUUUUAUAAGGAAGCUUUGUCUCUCUUUAGGAGAAUGCAACUCUUUGAGGAGCCUAAUGAGGUGACCUUCUUGACCAUACUCCCUGUCUGUGCUCAAUUAGGGGCAUUGGAUCUCGGAAAGUGGAUCCAUGCUUACAUUGAUAAGGACAUGAAGAACCCAAUAUUUGCUAAGAAUGCUGUAUCUCUCUGCACCACUCUUGUGGAUAUGUAUGCUAAGUGUGGGAGCAUAGAAGUGGCCAGACAACUAUUUGAUAAGAUGGAGGCCAAAAGCAUCAGUUCUUGGAAUGCCAUGAUAUCUGGGCUAGCAAUGCAUGGCCAUGCUCUUAGUGCUCUCGAGCUCUUCUCUAAAAUGGUUGCUAUGGGGUUGGUUCCUGAUGAUAUCACAUUUGUGGGAGUCCUAUGUGCAUGUAGCCAUGCAGGGCUGGUAAAAGAAGGGCGCAAGUAUUUUGAUUUUAUGUCUAAGAACUAUGGAAUUGCACCCAUGAUUCAACAUUAUGGGUGUUUGGUUGAUCUUCUUGGUCGAGCUGGUUUAUUUGAUGAAGCCAUGGAGCUCAUCGAGAACAUGGGAUCUAUAGAGCCUGAUGCUGCUUUAUGGGGUUCUCUGCUUGCUGCUUGUCGUGUCCAUAACAAUCUGGAAUUAGCGGAAUCCAUAGCUCAACAUAUUCUUAAGCUAGAGCCUCAAAAUCCUGGAGUUUAUGUGCUCUUGUCGAAUAUAUAUGCUAAAGCUAGUAAAUGGGAUGAAGUGGCUAUGAUAAGAACAAAAUUGAAAGACAGAGGUUUGAAGAAGGUGCCAGGUUGUAGCUCCAUUGAAGUAGAUAGUGUUGUUCAUGAGUUUCUUGUUGGAGACACAUCUCAUCCUAGAACUAAAGAGAUAUAUGAAAUGGUUGAUGAGAUAGACAGGGAAUUAGAACUAGCGGGCCAUGUGCCUGAUACAUCUGAGGUGGUAUAUGAUAUAGAUGAAGAAGGGAAGGAAGGGUCAUUAUGCUACCAUAGUGAGAAGUUGGCCAUCGCAUUUGGGUUGAUAAGUACUAGUCCAGGAACCACAAUUCGAAUUGUUAAGAACCUUCGAGUGUGUGGUAAUUGCCAUUCGGCAACUAAACUUGUCUCAAAGAUUUUCGAGCGAGAAAUAGUAGCAAGGGAUAGGAACCGAUUUCACCAUUUCAAGGAUGGUCAAUGUUCUUGUAUGGACUACUGGUAAGCACGUAUGGUUGCAUUGAUCUGCCCCGUGGCGAGCACAAAGCCGUUUUUGAAAAAAGAAAUAUGGGAAGUAGUCUGUGAAACAAUCUGAAAAAGGAAUUACUGAUCAAUGAAAAGAAAAGUUAUUAACAAGGAAACGAUCAAACAAAAUGACAUUGGCUUGGGCUUGACUUGUUAAGAUUUUGGUCACUGCAACUGUUGUUCCCAUAGUUCGAAUACUGCUGAACUGUCAAA